AUGGAAGUUGAACUGUUUCUUGCAAAUCUGGUUUUUCUGAGAGUACUAAUAAUUCAAGAGUUUUGUGUCAACCCAGGAACUAUACCUCCCAACAUUUCUCAAGCUGAGGCAGCUUGGUUACAGUCAUUCUACACAGAGAAGGACAAAAACAAGCACACCAUUGCGGUUGCUGCGGCCACUGCAGCUGCGGCUGAUGCUGCCGUGGCGGCAGCACAGGCCACCGUAGCAGUUGUUAGACUCACAUGCCAAGGAAGGGGUGGCACCAUGUUUGGCGUUGGACCUGAGAUAUGGGCUGCUAUCAAGAUUCAAGCAGUGUUCAGAGGAUACCUGGCAAGGAAGGCACUGAGGGCAUUAAAAGGAUUGGUGAAGUUGCAGGCACUUGUCAGAGGGUAUUUAGUGAGGAAGCAAGCAACAGCAACACUGCAUAGUAUGCAGGCUCUUAUUAGAGCUCAAGCUAGAGUACGGUCCCACCAAUCUCGCAGGCUCAUGAGUACGAAGAAUGAAGCAUUUAGAUCUCAAAAUAGAGCAAGAAGAUCCAUGGAGAGGUUUGAUGAUACUAGGAGUGAGUAUGCAGUUCCAAUCCACAGUAGACGAGCAUCAUCGUCUUUUGAUGCUACACUUAACAUCAACAACAGUGUUGAUGGGAGCCCCAAAAUAGUGGAAGUAGACACUUUCAGGCCUAAGUCAAGAUCAAGAAGAACAAUAUCAGAUUUUGGUGACGAGCCAUCACUUCAGGCACUUUCAUCUCCCUUCUUUGCAAUUUCAUAUAGAGGUACCCCUACCCCUACCCCUACCCCUACCCCUACACGUUGGUCCAUACCAGAUCAAAGGAAUUUUCAGGACUCUGAAUGGGGGUUAACAGGGGAAGAAUGUCGGUUCUCUACAGCACAAAGCACUCCACGCUUCACAAAUCCUUGUAGUUGUGACUCAGUUGCACCUAUGACACCACAAAGUGUGUGUCCUGAUGAUAACUUGUUUCUAAGGCAAUAUGGGAAAUUUCCAAACUACAUGGCUAGUACUCAGUCUUUUAAGGCCAAGUUGAGGUCUCAUAGUGCUCCAAAGCAACGACCUGAACCUAGUCCAAGGAAAAGGCUCUCCCUCAAUGAAAUGAUGGAGUCUAGGAGCAGCUUGAGUGGUGUUAGAAUGCAGAGGUCUUGCUCAAAGGCUCAAGAAGUCAUUAGUUUCAAGAAUGCUGUGAUGGGAAAGCUUCAGAAAUCCACAGAAUCUGUUAGGGAAACAGACAGAAACUAUUUCCAUCAGAGAGGGUGGUGACAUGCUGAACUUGUUAGGACAGAUAUCUAGCUAUCUUUGUUCUUUAAACUGUUAAAGUGUUAA